AUGGCCAUGUCCUUGCCGUCCCCUCCCCCGGAGCAGGAGUUGCUGCCGAUCUACUCGACGUCAUCGGACGACGAGGACGACCACAUCGACGACCUCGUCAUCGCAACCGGCGGCCUCCAAAGCUACGGCGACGGAGAGCGUCGUCGUCCCUUCGCCGUGCCGCCAGCCCCCGCGGUGGAGUUCGUGCCCUGGCUCGGCAUCGGCGGCGGGCCGGCCCCGGCGCCGGCAGCGUCCAUCGACGCUCUGCCCACGGUGGAGGUUUCCGAGCCCGGCGCCGUCUGCGCCAUCUGCAAGGAGGAGCUCCCCCUCGCCGCAGCCGCGCGGAGGCUCCCGUGUGGUCACCUCUACGACUCCUCCUGCAUCGUGCCGUGGCUGGAGGUGCACAACUCAUGCCCCAUCUGCCGCUCCCGCCUCCCAUCAUUCAACAACCCGCCUGAGCCCCGGGACCGGGAGGUGGUGCCCCUGCCGUCGUCGGAGCAGGAUGCUGGCAGCUCUGAUCAGCUCCGCGCGCCGCCGGCUGCUAGUGACGAAGGAGAAGAGGAGGCUGUUGUUCUGUCCAUCCGAGUUUGAUUCUGUUAGCUUGGAGCUUGAAAAUUGGAACUUGAUACGGUAGCUCCGAUGCGUACCUGUUGUGUCAUUAGCUGACCUAAAGAUAUAUAUGUCCUGUAUGUUGUUGUAAAAGGUGUUCUGUUUAUCACUCACCUUGCAAAUUAAGAAAAUGAGAUGAA